AAGCCCAUAUUGAAUAGUAACGUCGAUCUUUACUAAUGAUUAUGAAGAUUUUGAUCGAUCUUGUACUGUUUUCGCAGUUGUUCCUAAUCAUUUUCUAGUCUAUAAUGAUUUGCCUGAUGCCAUGAUACCUUCAUGAUAACAGUAGAGUAUCAGUUGAUAUUGCUGUGAGUAUCUAGUCAAUUUAUUUUUAACUGAGAAUACCACAACGAAUAAUAAAUGAUAGAUACAUUGUCUAAUGCAGUUAACUUAGUACCAAAAUGGAAUUCGACGAAAAAUUUCCAUGGUUCCAAUAAUGGGUUUCGCUUCAUCUUAAAAUCCAUUUUCAAUAUUCAACUUUCAAUUCUUCAAUGUCAAACGUAGGUUUACAUGAAGUAAAUGACGGCGAUCGACACUACAACUCUCAGUGCAGUAUUUCCUACAAAAAUGAACACCAUGUUUUCAAACAUUUUGUUAAAUCCAGACAAAGAUCUGGAUUAAGAUAGACACCUUGCGCAAUUGAAAUGCUAAAAGAGUGAUCUGGCGGAAAAUCGUCAUCACACGUACAAUUAUAUAAUUCCCCCUGCAUCGUGGAUCAAAAAUCUGACGUUAGUGGAGUUUGAACCAAUGACAAAAUUUUGUUCCGGACAACGAUCACCUCAAUCUUGCAAAGCCGCAUCAGAAGGUGGAGUGAAAUGUCAUUGGUGUCCAACAGCUGAACAAUGCAGUAACCGUCAUGACGUGUAUACUGCAAUUUGGAAAGAAAAUAAUUGUGAUAAAAUUUUAGAUGAGGAAGAAAGGAAAAAUAUUGUUGUCACUGAAAAGAAUGAAGUCAAGCAGAAAGAAAUCACAGCAAACACAUCUGGAAGCAACAUGGAACUUCAUCCACGCAGCGGGUCUCGUCGGUACACUUACGUUGGUGUACUACUAGUAGUUUCUCUCCUCAUAUUAGUUAAGACCUGUGUCACAAUCAUAUUGAUAUACAAGAGAAAAUCAAAUAUCAUCAGCCCGUGUGGCAAAAUCUAUCAUUGAAAGUGUCCCAAUAGAAGCCAACGUCUACUUGUACGACUUCUUUUCUCUAAUUUUGUGUGCUUACUCAAUUUUAAAAACAAAAGAUCAUUACGAACCUC